UCCCGGAGACCGCCGUCCGCACCGCAGAGGAUGCUGGGAAUGUGUCGAGGGCGCAGGAAGUUCCUCGCUGCCUCCCUCGCCCUGCUCUUCAUCCCGGCGCUCACCUGGCUCUACCUGUCCGCCGGCAACUUCCAAGUGAAGUCCGUCCCGCUCUCUCCGCUGGAGCCCCAGUCCCCCACGCUGCCAGGCUCGUCCCGGGACCGGCUGGCCCUGGAGACGCGGGUUCGGGAGGUGGAGGAGGAGAACCGGGCCCUGCGGCGGGAGCUCAGCCAGCCCCCCCGGGCCGCCCGCCGCCGUCACGGCAACCACACCCGCACCUACUCCACCGAGGAGGGCACGGGGGACAGCGAGGGCCAGCGGGCCGUCGCCGCCGGCAACGGCUCCGACUGCGCGCAGAAGCCCCCGGUGGACAAGUGCGAGACCAUUCACGUGGCCAUCGUGUGCGCGGGGUACAACGCCAGCCGGGACGUGGUGACGCUGGUCAAGUCCGUCCUCUUUCACCGACGGAAUCCGCUGCAUUUCCACUUCAUCACGGACUCCAUCGCCCAGCAGAUCCUGGCCUCGCUCUUCCACACCUGGAUGGUGCCGGCCGUGCGCGUGGACUUCUACGACGCCGACGAGCUCAAGUCGGAGGUGUCCUGGAUCCCCAACAAGCACUACUCUGGGAUCUACGGGCUGAUGAAGCUGGUCCUGACCAAGACCCUCCCCCCGGACCUGCAGCGCGUCAUCGUCCUGGAUACUGACAUCACCUUCGCCACCGACAUCGCCGAGCUGUGGGCCGUCUUCCACAAGUUCAAAGGUCAGCAGGUGUUGGGACUGGUGGAGAACCAGAGUGACUGGUACCUGGGCAACCUGUGGAAAAACCACCGGCCGUGGCCCGCCCUGGGGAGGGGCUUCAAUACAGGUGUGAUCCUGCUGCUGCUGGACAGGCUGAGGAAGCUGAGGUGGGAGCAGAUGUGGAGGCUGACGGCAGAGCGGGAGCUGAUGAGCAUGCUGUCCACCUCGCUGGCUGACCAGGACAUCUUUAACGCAGUGAUCAAGCAGAACCCCUUCCUGGUGUACCAGCUGCCCUGCUUCUGGAACGUUCAGCUGUCCGACCACACCCGCUCCGAAAAGUGCUACAAGGACGUGUCCGACCUCAAGGUCAUCCACUGGAACUCCCCGAAGAAGCUGCGGGUGAAGAACAAGCACGUGGAGUUUUUCCGGAACCUGUACCUGACCUUCCUGGAGUACGACGGCAACCUGCUGCGCCGCGAGCUCUUCGGCUGCCCCAGCGAGACCGACCACAACAGCGAGAACCUGCAGAAGACGCUGUCGGAGCUGGACGAGGACGACCCGUGCUACGAGUUCCGGCGGGAGCGUCUGACGGUGCACCGCACGCACCUCUACUUCCUGCACUACGAGCACGAGCCCGCCGCCGACCACACCGACGUCACGCUGGUGGCCCAGCUCUCCAUGGACAGGCUCCAGAUGCUGGAGGCCAUCUGUAAGCACUGGGAGGGGCCCGUCAGCCUGGCGCUGUACCUGUCGGACGCCGAGGCGCAGCAGUUCCUGCGCUACGCCCAGGGCUCCGAGGUGCUGAUGGGGCGGGGCAACGUGGGGUACCACAUCGUCUACAAGGAGGGCCAGUUCUACCCCGUCAACCUGCUGCGCAACGUGGCCAUGAAGCAGGUCAACACGCCCUACGUCUUCCUGUCCGACAUCGACUUCCUGCCCAUGUACGGGCUCUACGAGUACCUCAGGAAGUCGGUGGUGCAGCUGGACAUGGCCAACACUAAGAAGGCCCUGGUGGUGCCGGCCUUCGAGACCCUGCGUUACCGCCUGUCCUACCCCAAGUCCAAGGCCGAGCUGCUGUCCCAGCUGGACAUGGGGACGCUCUUCACCUUCAGGUACCACGUGUGGACGAAGGGCCACGCCCCCACCAACUUCGCAAAAUGGCGGACGGCCACCACGCCCUACCGCGUGCAGUGGGAGGCGGACUUCGAGCCCUACGUCAUGGUGCGGCGGGACAGCCCCGAGUACGACCGGCGCUUCGUGGGGUUCGGCUGGAACAAGGUGGCCCACGUGAUGGAGCUGGACGCGCAGGAGUACGAGUUCGUGGUGCUGCCCAACGCCUACAUGAUCCACAUGCCGCACGCGCCCAGCUUCGACAUCACCAAGUUCCGCUCCAACAAGCAGUACCGCGUGUGCCUGAGGACGCUGAAGGAGGAGUUCCAGCAGAACAUGUCCCGCCGCUACGGCUUCGCCGCGCUCAAGUACAUGACCGCCGAGAACAACAGCUAGGCCCCGCCCCGCCCCGCCCCGCCCCUCCAGCCCCCGACCCGCCGGCCCGCCGGCCCGCCUGCCCACCCCCCAGAGACCGUCCGCUUGCCCCCCCGGCCUCCAGGAGGGGAGGAGGGGGAGAGGAAGGCCACGCGAGGAAGCUGCUCCGCAAUCUCAGGUGGAGAAAACAGCACAUCCCCACGGCCUCCUCCACAGCGUGCGCGUGUGUGUGUGUGUGCGCAUGCGUGUUUGUGUGUGUGCCUGUCUACAGCAGGGUCAUGUUAGUGGAUGUGUGUGUGUGUGAGUGUGCGUGUGUGUGUGUGUGCCUGUGUGUGCCUGUCUACAGCAGGGUCAUGUCAGUGGAUGUGUGUGUGUGUGAGUGGUAACUCCUGAUGGGUUUUGUCUGUGGUUAUUCAGCUAGAGCCUGGUAAGGAGGUUCCAUAUCUCCACGAUUUUAAUAGGUUUUGCACACAAAAAAAAACACAAAAAAAAAAAACUCAUAAAUUCAGAAAAAAAAUAUGUUCUCGUCCAUCCAGCCAAGCAGCACAUCAGCUUUACAAAAGGAACAAUAACAACAGAAAUAAGCGAAAACGGCACCUUUACCUUCGUCUACAGCCUCUGUUUUCCUGUCCAUCAUCAAAACCAGAAGCAGAGCAAUUAAGGCUCUGCUUUUCCAGCUGGGGUCUGUUUUUUCUUUUUUAAAUUUUAUUUUUCAUAAUCUUGAGGGUUAUGAUGUGUGAAUGUGUGUCCCUGGAGCCUCGCAGAGGUGAAGCUUUUGGUCUUCAGGGGCACCUUUAUUUUCCCCUCAUAUUUGUGAAAUUUGAAAUUUGAACAGUUGUGUUUGCCGUGGAGGGGGGGGGGGUGUGUGGAAAUCCAGUAGCUGUUGUUAUGCAGUGUCAGUAAUGGCUUCAGCUCGCUACGGUUUGAGUGACAGCAUCUAAAAUCCUGCUUUCGUGGGUGGGUGUUGGCAGGGGAGGCAAAAUAAUGAUCCGUAGAAAAAAAGUCGGCAACAGAACCGCACCUGAACAAGAAGCAACAAGAAAUAAAAAAUAAAAUGAGUGCAAGGGUUUGAGCCCCAGUGCUGGAUUUAUGUCUUAAUCAGAGCAGCACCCCCCUGACUCAGCCUGAAAGGGGGAAGUGUGGUCCUGUGGCGACGCCCUCUUGUGCUCAGAGAGACAUGUUUUCAGCCCCACAGACGUCACAGGAACAUGAGCCUGGGGCGUGAAACCAUCGGCUGGACUUCUGGGUGCUUCGGGUCAAGAGGCCUGUUUGGAGGGAAUUUAGGAAAGUGGUGUGACUUUGGCUGGAUUUUGAUGCAGACAGUCCAACAUGUGGGGGGUUUUUGGGGGGGGGGGUGAAACUCCCUUGAGAUGCUUGCAGAUCACAGGAACAGAUGCACAGCACACCCAAAGACUCUGUUUCCCAGGAGCCUGCUGGGUGACGCAGAAUCCACUCGCCAUGAUGUCACAAUCCGCUGUGCCGUACCGUGAGUGAGACGGGGAGCGGGGGGGGGGGGGGGUCAUGCCCUUCUUGUCCCCUCCCCGUUAUUAUUUUUCAGUGUUUUGUGUCUGUGUGUGUUUUAAAAUUUCAGUGUCUGAAAACAACAAGUACGCAAGAAAAUGCACUACUGCCCAGACUGGGGUAGUGGGUAGUGGGUGGGGGGUUUAGGGGAUACAUGGAGCAUCUCCAGUGGAGGUGGGGGGGGGGGUGUGUUUGUGUAAGGACCCGUGGGACCUUCCUGGCUGGUCAGCAGACGCUGUGCCGUUUCCAGGAGCAGGCCGCUCAGGAUUCCUGCCGUCUCUGUAAUUUGCGGACAAUUUAUCGCUGCAGUGACUCUGAGCCGCCGGUUAACCCCGCCCCUCUCCCUUCUGCAAGUCACAGAUGAUUGGUCGUUACCGAGGGGCUGAAGUGUACGGGGGGGGCGGUGUUCUUCGGCUUGCCCGGCGCAGCCCAGCUUGCGCGUGUGACCCAUGUGGAUGGCGUGGAGAGUGCAGCACACGCGUGUGACGUGUGUGCAGUGUGAGCACACGCGUGUGACCCGUAUGGACGGUGUGCAGUGUGUGUGUGUGCCAGGGCCACGCUGCUACUUGAAUUAAAGAAAAAACUGAA